ACAAAAAAAAAAUUGUCGUGCAUGCAGAAGCCGCAUAUUUUCUCAAAUUAAAUGGUCAAAAACUACAAAAAUUACCUCUAAAUCGGCUUUAAAAUGCACAGUAAGACAUCUGUGAACAAAAAAUCUCACGGUUCGAAACACAAAUCGAAGAAAACAUCGAAAUCCGGCAGUAGCAGCAAUCCCGAUGGAGAAUCUAAAGAAAAAAACUACAAAUCCUACGCUGGCUUCAGUCCCAAAUCAAUAAAAUCGAUGUGGGAACAACAUGAAAGAAGCAACGAGACGGAAAUUUCUCCAGAUGCAACGCAAAAACUUGCCGAAGACACAACUUAUAAAGUUUGGGAGCUCGUGAAUAACAUCAAAACAUUUGCCACGAAAUCCAGUGGUCGAGUCACCUUCGAUUUAGUGAAUAACAUCCUUCGUGACAUGAAUGUCGAUCCAAUUCUCGGUGCCUCGAGUAGUUUUUGGGAGAAAAUCGAGUACGACGGGACUUAUUUCUUCAAUUACGACGAAGUUGUCGACUUGCAAGAGGAAUAUGCGAAAGAUGUUGUUGUCGAUGAGCCGGGUCCAAUUGGUUUAAAUGUGACGUGGCUCGGGCAACCUCAUGCCCAACACGAAUUACUCGAGUUUUAUGGGAAUGUAGCGGAUGCGGUGUUUGUCGGCGAUGACGAAUGUACCGACUUGGCACUCGAUAUUGUGGCAUUUAAUCCCCAAAUUGGCCCAAUUUUGAAACUUUUGCUCGGAAAAUGCAUCGAAUUGUUGGCUUUUGAUUACACGGAGGACUUGUUGCUGCGUUCUUGUAAAUUUUUGAAUGCCUUGACUGUCAAUCCGUUCAGUCAAAAUGGACAAAUUAACGAUGAACUCGCUUAUUUGAGUCAAAUUUUCGACAAUUUACUGCUGGGACCCCCGUUAGAAGUCAAAUUUGAGGAUCAAGGAGCUUCGGAUAACAUAAAAAUCGAGAAUUCGGGUGAUUUUUCGCAAAAUAAUGGCGAUUCGUUGCUCCCGUCGGAGGAUUUGCUGAAAGAUUUCAAGGUCGAAAAUGUUCAAACGAUCAAAAAGGAGUGCGAAGACUUUUUCAUGAUGAUGGAUACGAGCGAAACUGUGAUAAAGAAGGAGGAACAAGCCGAUUUGAUUGGCGAUGCGGGUCAACUUCUCGGCGGAAUCGAUGAACUUCCGCUUUAUUCGAGCAAUUCUGACACCCGUUUCAAUGCUCAAGGUCAACCGUCGCCCGAUAUGGCAGAAGACGAUGUCAGUAUCAAAAUUUCCGAAGUCUCAAGUGAGCCAGAUACCAAACCCACAAACUCGUUUCGCACAAAAGUCACGACUGUCAAAUGCAAUUUCGGUGUCGUGGAGGAGCUUUGUCGAACAAUUGGACUUUGUGCGGGGCAUUGGGGACAUUUGGAGCAACAUUUGACGUAUUUGCUGGCGAAACGGGCAGAGAGACUUGUGCAAGACAAGUCAAUAAUUUCGUUUGAGGAAUAUGGCGAGACUUUGUAUCGGAUAACUUGUGCGCUGUGGAGUCUUGGGGAAUACGCGUUUCGAGAGUUGACAGUGCAUUUGGACAAAAUUGAUCCGUCGAUUGUGCCGGAAUAUUGUACAAAAGUGUUUGCGAGAGCGGCGAUUUUUAUGAAGGGACGAAGUGAUAUUUUUCUAUACGAAUAUCUGCAGGAAAUGUGUGGAGAUGUUUUGUUGCCGUUCAUGAUUUUUUAUCCAAACUACCUCCAAAAAUACAACCUUAAAAUCCGUCGCCGUCUCGACAUCAUCGCCAAAAGUGAAAAUAUCUACAAAAUCCCGCCACGAGUGACACUCACUACGCAUCUCAAGCCCGAACGACUUUAUUCCGCGCUCCUUUGCGAAGAAAUUUUCGACAACUUCAAAAUCCUAAAGAAACCUGAGAAGAAAAAAUUCAGUUUCCGUUUCGCCGGAUGUCGUCCCAUCAAUUUGCGAGGGCGCAAGAAUCGAUUUGUGCAACCUGUGAUCGAACCAAUUGUCGUUCAGAGACCGCUGGAGAGCUUUCACAGCAAAAUUGUGAUUGCCAAAAAGAAACUCAUGAAACCUGUGACGAAUUUGCCGAAACGAACAAUUUGUGUCAAUUAUCAUUUAACAAUUUUUUAAGUUUUUUUGGUCUGAAUUCUUAUUGUUUUUUUUUUAUUCUAACACAAAUUACAAUUAAAUAUCAUGGAAAAAAAAUUUAACAAAAAACAAUUUUGGAAAAUCAA